AUGGAGGGUAUCACCAAGUUUAAAGAUGCAGCAGGCCAAGCCGUUUGUCCGCAUUCUGCAGCUGAGGGUGGCGUUGGAACCAGCGACAUCACGGCACAAUUCUUCAACUGCAGGGAGGCCUGGAAGAAGGAAGCGUCCCCUGACUUUGAAGGAGACGACCAUCAGGAGGACGAGCCGGCGGUGGCAUUGCCAGCAAGGCCUAGAAACAAAGGGCCUGCGGCUGGACACAAACCUCAACCUGCUGAACGAGUGGGGGAAGGAGGAGUAGAGUCUUCGGGUGACAAAGCUCCACAUGGUGAACGAGCCGAGGCGGGGGCAGAGGAUGAAAAGGAGGGACAACCGUGGGUCCCAGAGAGGGUCAAGAAAGCCCUUGCCAAGAGCGGCACGUUCGACGAGUUCCGCAAGAACAGACCAUUCAGGUACCUCCACAUGUUCUCUGGCGAGACGGACCAGUUGGGCAUCUCCAUAAGAGCUGAAGCCUCCAAAGCCAGGCUGGAGGUGUACCUGGAGUCAUUGGACAGAAAGAAAGACGCAGAGCUGGAUUUGACCAGCCCGGCACUAUAUGAUGAAAUCGAGAAAUCGGUGCUGGAGGGCGAGUGGGAUGGAUAUCACAGUGGGUUCCCAUGUGCAUCCUUCUCAAGGGUGCGCUGGAGGGACUCGCCAGGUGGGAAGUUGCCUGUGAGGAGCGCUGACCACAUCUAUGGGCUCCCAGGCAACACCCCCAGCCAGCAGAGAGAAGCUGAUGAAGGAACAUUGAUGGCCACCAGGUCACGAGAAGCAGGUGAAGACAUUCAGGCGCUGAGCCGUGCCAGAAGUGUCUGCCUUCUGCUUUAUGAUGAGUGCAAGGCGAGAAGAAGUGCCUUCCGGGAAACGUUGAUGUACUUCUUCCAGGGUGAGGACUUUGACGAAGCCUUUGGACACGUAUCUGUCCACUUCAAUCGUGGCCUCUUCCUUCUGAGACUCUACCGACUCAUAGUUUUUCAGCGUAGCGAGCUCUCCCAUGUCCAUUUUGGUGCUCAGGGGCUCGUCUGCCACGCGGGGAAAGAUGUCUGA